GUUUUCAUCUCGCAGUUUUGAAUGUGAAGCAGAACUUUUUCGAGUGUUAAUAGAAACUAGAGAAGAGAGCAAAUAGCGGGAUGGACCUCGGAGUAAACGGUGAUCUGUGCCUUCUGCAAGAUGAGAAGUUCGACUUUAAUGUUUCUCUGUCACCUGCCAGCCUCACAGGUGACAAUGAUGAUGAUGAUGACGACGAGGUGUUUGUUGGUGUGGUCAGCCAUGAGGAGCGAUGUGUUUCUGUUGGUGUAACGUCUCAGUUGGAGCAGCGCAGCAGUGGCAGCCCCCCGCGGGUCAGCUGGAGCCCGCUGACUGGUGACCAGAUGGAAGCUGUGUGUCAGGAAGCCCACAGACUGGCCAAUCAGCUGCAGAGUGAAGCCCCGUGCUGUGAGCACCCCCAAACCACCACAAACACCAACACAGAGACCUCAGCUGAGAGCGACCAGUUUGUCCAGGAUUCUGGGACUAAACUUGGUCUGCUGGGUCAGACCACCCGAGUACUCAGCCCCAUCAAAAGACAGACCUUCUGCGUUCAGGACAGUCCAAUGAAGCAGCUGCCUCCCGCCAUCCAGCGCCAGCUGCUGAGGGGGAGGAGCUCCAGCACAGCUUCAUCCGCCCGCCCUGCUGCCCCAAGCAGGCUCAGUACCUCCAGCCCCGCAGCCCGAGCCAAAGCCCAGUCCCGGACCUCGCUGCGAGGCAGAUCCACGCUCGGAGCGGCUGCGGUGCUGCCGAGCAAACCUGUCGCUCCGGCUACUUCCUGCUCAGCCAACAAGAGCAAAGUGGAGAAAAGCAGAUUACAACCACCAAGCAAGACAUCAGGGUUUUUGAGGCAAAGCCCGUCGAUGCGUCCCCCCAGCAGGGCCGAGUCCAGUGAGGAUUUACUCUCUGAUUCAGCAAGCGUGGCCUCUGACGUGAGCGACUCCUCCAUCAACUCCUGCCUGCUGGGAAAACACACUUUAGCUCCACCCACUAAGAGUGUUGGAGUGAGAAAACUCUCAGGUGUAAAAGCUCCGCCCCCUCAGAGCAGGAGAAUGACGGACAGGAGGAAUACGUCUUCGUCUUCGUCCUCUGUGUCCAGCUUCAACUCCAGCCUCUCUCUGUCUCCUGCUAAAGGUAAACCGAACUCUUCUCUGAACCAGACUCUGAGCAGCUCCACUGGCCCCACCCCCAGCAGUGUCAGCAGACCAGCCAAUCAGAGCAGACCUCUCCGCUCCACUGCCUACUCGGCUGCAGAGGCCAGCAGCAGUCGCCGCUCGCUGUCCUUCCAUGCCAAGAAGCUGCCUGAAGGGGAGCGAGGCGGAGCCACCAGGUCCACGCCCCUGAAGAGAGCUGAGACCACGCCCCCUCAGCUAACACCCCCAACAAAGAGACUCCUGCAGAGGACCGCCUCCUUAGCCACGAUGGGCCCAGCUCGGCUUCAGAAUGGUGUGAAGACCAAACCCAAGCCUGAGACCCUGACGUUUACCACGCCCGGCUCAGCAGAUGGAUCCAAGAUGUUAAAGCCAAAAAGAUUUCUGUCGACCGGCAGCACAGACGGUCUUCUUCAGAAGUCUUCAGCUGCUCCUCUGACCGCCUCCGUCGGCAGCUACAAGCCUCUGCAGGCGUCACAGCGACCCUCCUCCCUGCCCACCCCGGUCAAACGCAGGAUGUCCGCCAUGCCGGCCUCUGGCAGCCAGACUCGAACCGCUGGGUCUCCGACUGUCGCAGACUCCACCAUCAGACCCCCCACUCCUCCUUCAGUGAGCAAACUACAGUGUUGUAGUCCCGAUUUAAAAAACCAGCCUGCUCACCCUCCUGACAUUCAGCCCUUUCGUCUGGAGGAGGAGCCCCCUGUCGUCAACUCCCCUCCAAAACCUCCAGAGCCCAGCCAGACGGAGAACACGGAUCCUGGAGGGCUGAGAGGAAACGAACCGGCUCCCACCAAGAACCUCAUGGACCUGGAGACGACAGACGACAGCUCGACUCAAACACAAGAGGCUCUCCUGCUGGAUCUUUCUCCUCCGACUUUACAGCCUCAGGAGAAGCUGCUCAUUGAUCUGACCAACACCCCUGACUUGGUUCGCACUAACAUCAAGAGCUGCACCACAACCCAGCUGAUUGACCUGAGCUCUCCACUUAUAAAGUGGAGUCCAGAAGAAAAGAAGAAUGAUGCUCCACUCAUCAACCUGUCCUUCUGAUCCUCAUCCACACGUCCUGGUCUUCCUCCCUGGAGUCUCUAACUGUCCUCGGUCUGGUUCUGUCCUCAGCUGUACUGAGCUGUUCUCUGAAAUCUUUCCUAAAUGGGAGUUUUAUCUUUGAAGUAAUGAAAAUAUUGAGAGGUUAAUUUAGUUUUAAUUAAUUUGUUCCUUGUCUCGUUUUGCUGCUUUUUAUUGUCUGAAUAAAUGUUUUUAAUGUUACUACUGUAACCAUGUCUGAUUGUGUUCACGAGUUUCUGUUUAUGUCCUCAGAAAUAAGGUAAAAACAGAAACCAUGCAGUCUGGAUACUUUUUAAUGUCUUUCUACACAGUCCCAAAAUAUGGGUAUCAUUCUGGUCUGUUUUUCUGCCUUUUAUUUGAUUUUUUUUUUACAUGCCUUAUGACUUGCAGUCAAGAGAAACAGUUUGAUCAGACUUAGAAUAUGGGACUUCAGAAAAAUGUUUUCCCUCCUUGUCUUUCAGGGCUUCUGUAUGUUUUGGCAUGAAGGUGUGAAUUUAGAGAAACUGGCAAGGUAUCAGGCUCAGUGUUGCACUGUAAGAUUUAAAGAGCGGAAACCCUGUAUGAUUUAAUUUAUAAAGCUGCUCACAGAGGAAAAGAGAUGAGUUGAUGGGAGGAGGCUGGGGUGAUUACAGCACCAUCUAGUGGUUUGACAUUGAAACUACAGAUUCAACGAGCACAGACAACUAAAUGUAGUUUUUCCACAACCAACAUGAAAAAAGGUUAAUAUUUCUCUCUUUUCUAUGUUUUUAUGAGCUCCAGCUGUAGCAGCCUGUUGAUAAAGAACAAGGAUUGGAGGUUCACAUGUAGAUGCUGGUCCUGAGCUGUAAAAUGACCAUGCUUCUGCCAUCAGUGAUGAGCGUGAGUCUCAAACCCUUUCCACCACAAUAUAAAUGAUGAGUUGUAACAGGUGUGAA